UCAGCCGUCCAACACUCCGACGCGGCUCACCACACUCUCACACCCCUUCCCUCCCGCCGCCGCCGCCGUCGCCGGAGCGCCGCCGCAUGGCACGGUGGUCCUCCCCGAAGGACCCGGCGCUGGAGGCCGCGCUCCGCCGCAACCGCCGCUGGAUCGUGAACAACCAGAUCAAGCGCCUCCUCCUCCGCUUCCCGUCCCGCACCGCCCCCGUCCGCCUCCUCCAGUCCCGCUUCAAGACGCUCGACCUCCUCGGCCGAGCCGCCAACUGGCUCCGCAAGUACCCUUCCUGCUUCGACCUCUUCCACGGCGGCGCCGGCGGCGAUGGCGAUGGCGGGGAGGAGGCCUGCUUCGGGUUCACCAAGCGGAUGGCGGUGCUGGUCGACGCCGAGGAGGCGGCCGUCGCGGCGUCCGAGCCGGCGAUGGCCGACCGCCUCGCGCGGGUGCUCAUGCUCGCCCGCGGCCGCCGCCUCCAGGUGUCCAAGCUCGCCGCGCUGCGGGGCCCGCUCGGCCUCCCCGACGACUACCUCCUCCGCCUCCUCCCCGCCCGCACCGACCUCUUCCGCCUCGCCAACCCUUACCCGCACCGCCGCAACGCCGCCGAGCUGGAGCUUCUCCGGUGGGUCCCUUCCCUCGCCGUCUCCUCCGUCGAGGCGGCGGCCGCCUCCGCCGCCGACUCCUCCGCCCCGCGGUUCACCUGCUCGCUGCCGCCCUCCUGGGCCAAGUCUCAUGCCAAGAUGGAGGAAUUCAAUUCCACGCCGUACAUCUCGCCGUACUCGGAGAGAUGGGCGGCGAUAGGCACGGACGCCGACGCCGAGAAGCGAGCGGUGGCGGUGGUGCACGAGCUCCUCUCGCUCACAUUGUGGAAAAAGAUGUCGGUUCUGAAGCUGGAGCAUUUCAGGAGGGAGUUCGGGUUGCCGGAGGACACGGCGAGGAUGCUGCAUCGGCAUCCGUGCCUCUUCUACGUCUCAAACAGGUACAAGAUACACACGGUGGUGCUCCGGGAGGGUUACGAGGGGUCGGAGCUUAGGGAGAAGGAUCCGGUGGUAGCGGCGAAGGAUAGGCUCGGGGAGCUGAUGCAGGAGGGGCUGCAUGAGUAUAAUCAGCGGCGGCGUUCGGAUAAUUUGGAGAAGAAGAGGAGGAGAGGAGAGAUUGAGAUAAAGGAGGAAGAGGAGGAGGACGAUGAGGAAGCAGCGCGGUUGGAUAGUGCUGAGAAGAGGGAGGAGAGGAGGAAGUUUUACAAGGUGCUGUUUAAUGAUGAUAACCGCUGAUAAGUUUGUGCAGAGUUUUGUUUGUGACUCUAUUCAUCUCCUUGGUUGCAAGAUAUGCUUAUUGAAUUGAUUCAUUUGAAGAGUAUUCAGCACCUCUGUGUUUCACAAUCGAUCAAAGCGAUUACUGGUGGAUGUGAUGGGGCCUGGGGGUUGCAUACUUACAUGUCUACAGAGGCAUUAGGCAUCUGUCUGCAAGGGAAGAUUGACCUAUUGAGUUCAUGACCUGCAAAUGUUUAAGGAUAUUUGGUUGAAUAACUGCUUGGAUGCCACCAGAUAGUUUGUAUUUUGUCAGAUUAUAACCAUCAAACCUUUAUGCGGAUACUUCUAGCAUAAUGACUACAUGGAAUUCUAGUGUGAAAGGACUGCUGCAAAGGCUUGAUAAAAGAAAUUAGUGAUGUAAUGUAUAUGAUCAAAAGAAAAUCUAUGAGUUCUUCAGGUGAGAUGCUGAUGUAGAGUUGGUGUUUUGUCACCAUGGACAAAGGAAUUCAUGACCCAUGAACUGUUGAGAAGUUUCAAUUGCAGACCUCAACGUAAGCACAUCAAGGUUGUUGAUCUUUUCAACCUUUUAUGGUGUCUGUUACGUAUAGCAGACAUCUUCCGAUUGAGAAUUGGAACAGCACAGAGGGUGGACUAAGAACUUGGAAAACAUUGAUAAAUGAAGACUAAUAGAUAGCCAUUGAAGAAAAAGUGCCAAUCAUUGCAGAAAGCAAAUGCUGGAGCUAUACAUGUCCUAAAAGCACAUUCUUUGCGCCUCCACCAAUGCGCCGCCCACCAGCCGAAACCAGUGUUGCCACCUGCCUACGUCGCCGCACCACUCCUUCACCUGGUACUGAUGCACAAGCCUCGCCUCCGCUGUCCUAGCAGCUACGGGAUGUCAGUAGCUCAGGUGGCAUGGCAAGGGGAAGAGGCAGUGAGGGUUUCGGGUGGGAGGGGAAAGGAUAAUAAUUUACAUAAUUACUCACUCUGUCCUAUAAUAUAAGGGAUUUUUGUGGACAUAUCCUAGUAUUAAGAAUCUGAACAAGCUCUCUGUCCAGAUUCGUAGUACUAAAAUGUGUCACAUCCCACCAAAAUCUCUUAUAUUAUGGGACGGAUGGAGUACAUGUGAGCACUUUUUUAUGAGUGUUGAAGUCAUAUGCCUAGAUGACCAACAUAGUCAGUUUCUUCGUUCUGCUAGCUCUUAGCUUCAUGGUAGCUUCGCCCUAACAAGUGGGAGAUUCUACCCAAUACAGACAUAAAGUGAAAAUGGGUCUUUCGAUAGAAGACAAAAUGGGUCUUUCUGUAGAGGACACCAACCAUGUGUGAUGUGUCCAUGUGCGCGCCGAGAGAAUUUGCUCAUGCUCGAGACCCUCGGAUCCCAUAACUUACCAACAAUUUAAU